AAAAAAAAAAACAGCUGUUUUCUUUAUAUGACGGCAAUGAAUUACUUUCCCAACUAUUAUUCAAUUGAAGACAUAUUUGUCACCCAGGAGAAGGUUGAGUGCAAAGUUAACACACGCCUACAGCGUAUGGGCUUUCUGGAUGCCGGCGCUGAGACCGAUGACUUGGAGCCCGGACGAACCAUUAAUUUGCCACUGUGGUACAUCAAGGAACUGAAAGUGAACAAUGCGUAUUUCACAGUAGCCGUGCCGGAAAUCUACAAGAAUGUUCAUAAGGCCGUCUGCGAGGCAGAGACCACACACAUCGAACUGGGUCGACUGCAUCCAUAUUUCUAUGAGUUCGGACGCUAUUUGACGCCCUACGAUCGCAACCAUGUCAUAGGUCGCAUCAUAUUCGAGACACUGCGCCAACGUGUACGCCAUCUGCUCGACAUAUCCAAGAACGAUACGGAUAGCAAGCCCGAACAUCGGCUCGACAACAUUGAGUCCAAGCUGCACGAUGCGGGCGUGCGUACCAAUACCCUGUACAUCAAUUGGCUGCAAAUGAGCGGCAAUCAUAUACGCAUCUCCGAGCUGGUCGAGGAGCAUCAAAAGAAACGCAAACGUGCCGAGCGCAGCGACGACGAAGGCGCCGGCGACGCUGACACGCCCAGCGGCAAAAAACGUAGCACAAUGUAAAGAGAAAGUCCAUUGGGAUGCAGACAUCGAAAAAAGGAUAAACAACUUUAUUUUAUGUUCACAUUAAGCGUAUUUGUUAAAUAAAUGUUAAAACAGUUUAAGAAAA